AUGAACCACCGCACUGGGAACAUUGCUGAAACUUGGGAAAAGUGAAAUUCCAGUUGAAUACACAAAAUUCUCAAGACUUUUACAAAUACUUAUAGUAUGCAUUCGAUGGAACAAUAACUUACUCAAAAGUGUCAAUAAAAUCGAAUAAUACGUCAUGAUUUGGAUGAAUUGCGCGCAUAAGCCGCCAAAAUCGGUCCUUCAUUAUCUGCUCUUGACCCUACUUGCACUUCCCAUAUGCCAUGCCGCCGAUACGGCACCGACGAAAAAAACUACAUUGCCGCGCAUAACGAAGCCGCAGCCCACAGUCAUGCUUAGCAACUCCCGAAGAGAAGUGGCGGGGACUUCUACGACAACAGCUCCAACUAGUGAUAGUACCAUCGAAUCAUCCUCAAGUACAAUUCAAUUGGCGCCUUUAAUAUCAUCGACGACUGAGGCUAUUCCCACCGCCGACGGAAGCAACACGAGCAGCGGGAGCUUAGUUCCCGACAUUUGCAUCAAUGGCCUCCAGGUGACCGUAACCAAUGUGGACGAGGAGAAGAUUCUACGCCAGCAGCACGAGUUCAUGCAUAUAAUCGAGGGCGAUGUGAUGUUGAGCGUCCUUACCACAGAUCCUGCAUCGGCACUGUUCGUUAUCAAUCGAGUGAAUCAAGCAAAUCUUAUCGCAGCCGACUUCGAAAUAGGACUGCGCGCUAUUGAGAUCGACAACGAAAAUCUGGCCGAGAAUCUGCUUAUACAAGAGGUGCAAUUUCUGCAGCAGUGUACCCGACAUGCUUUGGGAAUAUUUGUAGACUUUGAUCUGUACAAGCGGAUGGAGGAUAUUAUUAAGGAGCUGGAGUACAACAUCUGGCCUAUACCGUCCACGCGUGCCCUCCUCUUCCCCAAAGUGGCUCAUUUACUCCACCAAAUGCCAUGGGGUGAGAAGAUCGCUUCCGUUGAAAUACUCACCGAGAAUUUGGAGAUAUACAAUGACUUCAUGGAGGCAGUCCGACACGAGCAUAUGUGUCUGAUGCACUUCAAGAGCGAAGAAAAUAUAUACAUAUUUAUUGGCAACAAGUUGGCCAAUCAAUUUAUUGAGAACGGCACGAUAUUUGCGGUGCCAACGGAGCGAACGGAUCGUGAUUUCGUGGCAGAACUGCCCAACAAAUCGUUCAUACUGAUGGAGAAUGAAAUAGAGCUGCGCACCAUCGAUCUGGACCCUACACCCACGUCUCUUGAUGAGGCCCUAAUCGGAAAAGUUGUCUUUCCGGCACGCGUACUGUCCUUUGCCAGUCCCGUCGUCGGUCUCAUGAGCUGGUUACGCAGUUCCCUAGCGAAGCACUGCAAGCGAGAUGAUGACCUCUAUGUCUUUGAGAGUUGUUUUAAUUUCCUCAACUUUAUCGAAGACUGGCGCAGCUCAGACUAUCGCCAGACACACGAAGUCGGGGAGCUGCUAGCUCUGCUUAGAAUGCGUAAACUGGCCAACUCAAUGAACUUUCAAAUGUAUCAGAAGAAGGUGGAGACCGUCGAUGUUAUUACGGGCGAGACGCGCAUGGACCUGCGAGAGAUAGCAGCCCAGAAUUUUGUCACAAAUGUGACCACCUACUACCACUAUAACCGCGACAAUCACACCAGCCUGGAGCUGAAGACCAAAUUCGGCCAAGUGUUCAAUUGUCAGUACAGUGCGGGCGAUAAUAGACGGCACCCCUUUCUGUUCGACGGCGAAUCGGUUAUGUUCUGGCGUAUAAAGUUGGACACCUGGGUGGCAACGGGCAUGACGGCCGCCAUUUUGGGCGUCAUUGCAACGCUGGCCAUUCUGGUAUUCAUUGUUGUACGCAUCUCCCUUGGCGAUGUUUUCGAGGGCAACCCCGUGACGUCCAUUUUGCUCCUCCUCUCCCUCAUACUCGUGUUCUGCUCCUUUGUGCCCUUCUCUAUGGAAUAUGUGGGGGAGCACCUUAACUCGCAUGUGACCUUCGAGGAUGCCCAAAGGCUGAACACAUUGUGCGCCGUUCGAGUUUUUUGCAUGACAUGCAUCUACUGUUUCGUCUUUUCAUUGCUGCUGUGCCGUGCCGUAAUGCUCGCCUCCAUCGGCUCCGAGGGCGGAUUUCUGUCACACGUCAAUGGCUAUAUUCAGACGGUCAUCUGUAUUUUCAGUGUCUGCGUCCAGCUGGGAAUGUCCAUUCAAUUGCUUGUUGUGAUGCAAGUGGCCUCAGAGAGCGUGUCCUGCGAGAGCAUCUACUACGGACAUUGGCUUUGGGGUCUUCUCGCCUACGACUUCAUUUUACUAUGCUGCGUGAUUAGCCUAGUACCCUUCAUUUACCGCUCACAGCGCAACUAUCGCGAGGGCAUUUUAAUUGUCAUCGGAGCAGUCCUCAUAGUGAUUAUCUGGCUGGUGUGGUUUACGCUGUCCCUGUUCGGCGAUGAAUGGCGGGACGCAGCAAUACCUUUAGGUCUCCAGGCCACGGGCUGGGCUGUGUUGGUGGGUAUUCUCAUACCGCGCACAUUCCUCAUUGUGCGUGGCAUUGAGCGCUCGGAUAUUGCGCAGGCCUUGCCUUCGCUGACCUCCCUGGCUUUUGCACAGAACAAUCAAUACGCCUCGGAGCAGAGUGUCUAUGAAUGCGUGAAUCCUGCCAUGCGUCACUGCUCCCAGGAGGAAAUGCAUCAGUCCCCCAGCGAAAUUCCAACACUACCUCUACGCGGAGGAGGGCCUCGGCGACAGCAAUUCUUCGCCAAUCUUCGACAGGCCAAUGCAAAUAUAAAUCCACAGCGGCCACCACCACGUCCGCAGCGAAGUCCUUCCCAUUCAUCGGUCACAUCGCUGCACUCACAGCCCUCCCCAGACAAUAGCAAAAUAACGCGCUUUUGAAUGUUGCAAUGACAUCUACUUCCAUCUUCAUUCUAGUCAAAAAGCUCUAAGAACUUGAGGUAUUCGUACACUACCGAACCAAAUUUAUGAAAAUAAUAAUUGUGCAAACAAAUCAAACGCCACUUAAGACUUAUUCAAUA